CUGGGGUCGUCCCAGCCUGGCAGAUACCUCUACCUUUUUGUAGCGGACCAGAUUUCAUAAUACAUAUCUAAAGUGCAGGCAACACGCCUUAAUAUUGCUCUGCUGUUUGAUAAUAUUUGUUACAGCAAAUUUCAUUAGCCUCUACAAUAGUCUAAAGAAAGUCCCUCUGAGAAGACGAUGCGGGAAGACGACUCCUCCCCGAUGGACAGCGCAGGGAACAGCGAGGAGGAGAGUGACCGUCAGCUGCCACGGAGAGGGGCGAGGAAGCGGCGGGCAGCGCGCAGGAGCACAGACGAGGAGGAGGAGGGGGGAGGCGUGGAGAGUCCCAUCCGUGGCAAGAAAAAGUGCAGAAAGAUCUGCGACGGAGGAGGAAGCGACGGCAGUGAGGCCAGCACCGGCAGCAGCCCCGCGCGCUCCUUCGACGACCUACAGACGCAGCGCGUGAUGGCCAACAUCCGCGAGCGGCAACGGACGCAGUCACUGAACGAAGCGUUCACGUCGUUACGUAAAAUUAUCCCCACCCUCCCGUCCGACAAGCUAAGCAAGAUCCAGACGCUGAAGCUGGCGGCCCGCUACAUCGACUUUCUGUGCCAGGUUCUGCAGAGCGACGAGCUGGACGCACGGGGGACCAGUUGUAGCUACGUGGCGCACGAGCGCUUGAGCUAUGCGUUCUCGGUUUGGAGGAUGGGGGGCGCGUGGUCCUUGUCAACAACUUCCCACUAGCUGGACCUGGGAUGUCUUUGAAGAGACAUCAGGACUGAAGAACCAAUGAAUCAGGCCAAAGACAGCCGAGGCCCAGGAUCAGUUGCUUUGCUUCAGUCCUCUGAGGAAAGCAGCCCUUUCACAUUUCCCUUUGCAUGGAUUGUAAUGUUUGCAAGGGGAGCACUUAGGACUGCCAGGAUGGAUAUGAAGAAAGCGAGAGACCACUGCGACUAUGAAUGUUGUAAAAACAAAAUGAGCCCCCGACGAACUGCUCUGUUUUGAAACAUAAGAGAAGGACAAUCAAGACAAUCAACUCAACAUUCCCUGUGACAGUGUUUCAUGGAAAAUUAAGUAUUUUGUAUUUAUUUUUGUAUGCAGGUAUGAAAUUCCUUCAUCCUCUUUCUCCAAUAAAGCUUAUUUAUUUUGAUGAUAUUACAGUGUUUUGAAUGGAAAUCUUUUUUUGUAUUGUAAAUAUUUGGUGAUGUGUGGAAUAAAGAUAGAAAUAAGCAAUC